AUGGAUCCGUACUCAGGCUGGGAUGAUAUUGUGCCUCCUCACAUGAGACAAAAGACUCCUCCGGCCGACGAUUUCUCCCAUUACUUCACUGACUACAAAAAUUUUGACAACAUCUUCAACGACGCCCUCACCAAUUUACAAGACUUAGAUGUGCCUUCUGGUUAUGGUCAAGUUCUUCCUCCGGCCCAGUCCGCUCUCUCUUCGCCGUACAAGCAUGCGAAAAAGCCCAGUGGAACUGCCAUCUUCGGUUUCCUUGAUCAUACCAGAGAGUUGUCGAUCAAUGGGUUGAGUCUGGAGCUCAAUAAUAAAGGCUCCCAUGUUCAACCACAGUCAAUAUCUCCCACUCAACUAGCGAAACAAUACGCCGUGUCCAAUGAGCAUUUGGAUUUUGACUUCUCGCAGCCAUUGGAAGAAUGCAAACCAAUUCUUCUCAAUGAAGAGGAGGAAGAAUACGAGAAACCAAUGAACAAAAAAGCUGAUGAUCUUAUUGUGACGAAUAGCAAUCCGAAGUCUUAUAAGUUUCCACCAGAUCCGCUCCCGGCUGAAGAUCCGGCUGCUCGCGCAGAAAUGGAUGGUUAUCUAACUACAAGUUUGACUCCUAUACAUCACCCAAAGCCCGACCAACAGUAUCCAGAUGACAUUGAAGCACUUUUGGAAACGCCUUCCCAGCGUAAAUAUGUCCCAAUCCCCGUCCAACAACCAAAUUCCGAUCAUCAUCAAAGAAAGGAAAUUCCUUUUGCUCUGCAACCUGAGCCAUUGGUUGCUUGUCAGCGCACUUCUCAAGUCCAGCAAAAUAUUGAUAGUAGUCCUCAGAAUCGCCAAUCCCCCGUUACCGUGGGACGACCUCAAAUGACCAAAAAUCAACCACAUAUGCUAAAGCAAAACGACCUCAAUAUGAAUAUGAACGUCUUUCUUCCUCCUCCUUCAACAAAAUCACUGUCGCAUGACUCACCCGAACCAGGAAGCCCUCUGCCUCAAUUUUACUCAUCCCCAAUGCAAAAUCGUCUCGGUCAAGAGCUAUCGUCCCCGUAUAGCAAAAAGGCGUUUUAUAAUCCACAAUUCUUCUCGGACGAUGCUGACAAUUAUUAUUUCGAUGCUGGUAAUCAGAUACAGCUGUCGCCGUUUCGGGAUUCCGGUGCAGACGUCAAAUCAUCACCCUUCAGAUAUGAAAAACGAGGUAAUGAAAGUUUUGCUGAUGAAACCACUACCGACGUCAAUGAAACUAUAGUCCAGCUUACGCCUCUACGAAACCAAGGGCCUAUAACACCGAGCAAGAAGCACAUCACGCUAGAGUGGAGUCCAAUUAUAUCACCUAAUGCUAAGGCCAGCUCGGAUGUGCGCAAGGCAAUCCUUGAGCUAUCUCCCAAAAAAGUUGUCAAAAAGACUUCAUUAUUGCCUCCUGGAGAACUUGAUAGAUAUUGGGAGGGACCUGAUGAAGACAAAGUUUUCACUUGCACCUACAAUAACUGUGGUAAAAAAUUUACGAGGCGUUAUAACGUCCGCUCGCAUAUACAAACUCAUUUGAGUGACAGACCUUUCUCAUGCAGUUACUGUCCGAAAAGCUUUGUUCGGCAGCAUGAUUUAAAUCGUCAUAUUAAAUCCCACUUGGCCACCAAGCAUACUCGAUGCAAAUGUGGCAAAGAAUAUACUCGUGUGGAAGGCUACAAAAAACACUUGGCUAAGGGAACAUGUUCACGAAAUGACGAAAGCUACAUUGCGAAACCUGGAGCGCAUCGACAAAAAAAUGACGUCAUUUUGGAUGGUUUGACGUCGAAUAGGCUCAAUGAAGAUUUGGGCCUUUGA